AGCAGCCUGUGCUUCCAACACGGCGGCGGGAGGGCGGGGAUCGCUGAGCUUGCUCGCCCUGGGCCGCGCACGCCCGUGCGGGGCGGCCGGUCCUCCUCUGCCCAGCGGUCCAGCGGGAACUUCUCCCAGAGGCCCUCGGCCGGCCCCUAGGAGGGUGGUCCGAGCUGGCGGUGAGAGGCUCCUCCGGCCUCUGCAGUGAGUUGGACUUUUCUCCCCGUAACUCCCCGGCUUGUCUUAGGUCUCCGGCCGUGAUCUUCGUGUUCGGCGCUUCUCGACAUUUUGGAUUCUAGGUCACACUUUGCCUGACUUACCUUACUUUAAACUUACACUCAGAGCUCGAAGGUAGAAGAAAGGUAUAACGAAACGAGUAACUUCUCCAGCCUUUUUACUUUAUAAUUGAAGAAUGAAGGGUGUAGAGAGAUUAAGUCCCGGAAGAAGGAACUUACUGUGACUGUUGUUUUUAUGAUUUUUGUGGUUUCCACCAGGCAUCAGACAUUUAAAAAUUGAUGAAAAGUAACUAAUAAAGGAUAUUCUAACCUUUUAAUCUACUCAUUCUAAAUGUUUUAUUCCAUUUAAUUGUCCUUUACUUUAGGACUAAAUGGAAAUACGUUUCCUACCAAGACAUACUCUCCUCCUUAAAGUCCUUGGCACAUUUUCCUUAAUCUUUCCCUUUAAAAUAUUUUCUAUCAAAGUAUUUCCCUGAGUAUAUAAUAAGUUAACCUGGGAUCAGGCUUUCAAAGGACAUACUUCUUAGAAUUUGCAGUUUUUGUUCAUAGUAAGUUGUGUUAGCAAUGAUGGCUUAUCCCUCAGGUCCACUCCGAAAGAAACUUUGCAAGGGAGAUAUUAAUUAAAUAGAGCUUUUGCGUAGCUAUGAUGGAAUCUACUUGGGAUAUCCAGGCCCACAAGGACCAGGAUGAACUUUUGGAAAUAAAGAUGGAGGAGGAGGAGGAAGAAGAUAAACAUAUCACUGGACAAGAUAGGAACCUACAAAAGAACAAUGCGCAUAGCAGAGAGGUCUUCCGACAGUACUUCAGACAAUUCUGCUAUCAGGAAACAUCUGGACCCCGGGAGGCUUUGAGCCGACUCCGGGAGCUUUGCCAUCAGUGGCUGAGGCCAGAGACCCACACCAAAGAACAGAUCCUAGAGCUGCUGGUGCUAGAGCAGUUCCUGACCAUCCUGCCAGAGGAGCUCCAAGCCUGGGUGCAGGAGCAGUAUCCAGAGAGUGGGGAGGAAGUGGUGACUGUGCUGGAGGAUUUAGAGAGAGAGCUUGAUGAGCCAGGAGACCAGGCCUACACUGAAGAACAAGAAGAUUUCUUCCAGGAGCUGAAACCUCUAGGAAUAGAACAAGAACCCAGUAUGUCUUUCCAGUCCAUGAAAGGCAAGCUAAAGUGUGAAUCUUCAGAACUUGAAGCUCAGGAAGAGCAAGUUUCAGAUAUUGAGACUAGAAAUGAGUACAGAAAUUUAACUCUAAAACAAGAAGUUUCUGAAGGAAUGGAACCAGAUGGGAAUAUAUGUAGCAAAUUUGAAAAUGAUAUACCCCAGUCUACUCAGUAUGGAGAAACUCAUGAACCUGAAGAGGAGCCUUCUGGAUACUCCAGGGAAGAUAAACAACCUAUAUGUGAUAAAAAUGAAGUGAAUUUGACUAAGAGCUCAGAGCAUGCUGAACACCAGAGAAUCUGUCCAGGAGAAAAAUCUUAUGAGUGUGAUAACUGUGGGAAAACUUUUAGUCAGCACUCACGCCUCAUAGAACAUAAGAGAAUCCAUACUGGAGACAGACCCUUCAAAUGUGAAGAAUGUGGAAAAACUUUCCGUUGGAGAACUGUGCUUAUUCGACACAAAGUAGUACACACUGGAGAGAAACCGUACAAGUGUAAUGAGUGUGGCAGGGCCUUUGGCCAGUGGUCAGCUCUUAAUCAACAUCAGAGACUUCACUCAGGAGAAAAACACUACCAUUGUAAUGAAUGUGGCAAAGCCUUUCGGCAGAAAGCAGGCCUCUUUCACCAUCUCAAGAGCCACAGAAGAAACAGACCUUAUCAAUGUCUUCAGUGUAAUAAAAGUUUUAAUCGGCGUUCCACACUUACUCAACAUCAAGGAGUUCAUACUGGUGCAAAGCCCUAUGAGUGCAAUGAGUGUGGAAAAGCCUUUGUUUAUAACUCAUCUCUUGUUUCCCACCAAGAGAUCCAUCACAAAGAGAAAUGCCAUCAAUGUAAGGAAUGUGGGAAAUCUUUCAGUCAUAGUGGCCUUAUUCAGCAUCAGAGGAUUCGCACUGGAGAGAAACCCUACAAAUGUGAUGUAUGUGAAAAAGCUUUUAUUCAAAGGACGAGUCUUACAGAACAUCAGCGAAUUCACACAGGAGAGAGACCGUAUAAAUGUGAUAAGUGUGAAAAAGCCUUUUCUCAAAAAUCAGUCCUCACAGAGCAUCAGCGAAUACACACAGGAGAGAGGCCCUGCAAGUGUGAUGAGUGUGGGAAUACCUUCCAAGGAAUCACCAGCCUCAUUCAGCAUCAGAGAAUCCACACUGGGGAAAAGCCCUACAAAUGUGAUGAAUGUGGCAAGGCUUUCAGACAGAGCUCAGUCCUCAUUCAGCAUCAGAGAAUACAUACUGGAGAGAAGCCAUAUGAAUGUGAGGAAUGUGGAAAGACCUUCAGUCAGAGAUCAGGGCUGAAUGAACAUCAGCGGAGCCACACUGGAGAGAAACCUUAUCAAUGUAAGGAGUGUGGGAAAGCCUUCACUGCCAGUAAUGGCCUCAUUAGACACAAAAGAAUCCAUACAGGGGAAAAACCUUAUGAAUGUGAAGUAUGUGGGAAGUCUUUCCGCCUUAGCUCAUAUCUUGUCCAGCAUCAGAGGAUACACACUGGAGAGAAGCGCUAUCAGUGUAAUGAGUGUGGUAAAGCCUUCAGUCAGAAUGCUGGGCUUUUCCAGCAUCUCCGCAUCCACCUUGGUGAGAAACCCUAUCAGUGCAGUCAGUGUAGUAAAAGCUUUAGUAGGCGGACACUCCUUAUGAAACAUCAGAGAAGUCACACUGGAGAGAGACCAUAUGAGUGCCAUGAAUGUGGGAAAGCCUUCAGUCAUUACUGCAAACUUAUUAGGCAUUUUAGAAUCCACACUCGAGUUAGGCGACACUAUUGCCAUGAAUGUGGAAAGAGUUUUGCUCAGAGUUCAGGCCUGACCAAGCACAGGAGAAUCCACACUGGAGAGAAACCCUAUGAGUGUGAAGACUGUGGGAAGACCUUCAUUGGGAGCUCUGCCCUCGUCAUUCAUCAGAGAGUUCACACUGGUGAGAAGCCCUAUGAGUGUGAAGACUGUGGCAAGGUCUUCAGUCACAGCUCAAACCUUAUCAAACACCAGAGAACCCACACUGGGGAGAAGCCCUACGAGUGUGAUGACUGUGGGAAAACUUUCAGCCAGAGCUGCAGCCUCCUUGAACAUCACAAAAUUCACACUGGGGAGAAGCCAUACCAGUGCAACAUCUGUGGCAAAGCCUUUAGGCGUAAUUCCCAUCUCCUGAGACAUCAGAGGAUCCAUAGUGAUAAAAAUGUUCAGGAGCCUGAGCGUGGAGUGUCCUGGGAAGGUCAGGGUAGGAUGGAAAGCCAGUGGGAGAACACUGAAACUCCCGUGUCUUAUAAAUGCAAUGAGUGUGAGAGAAGUUUUACUCAGAAUAGAAGCCUUAUUGAACAUCAAAAAAUUCACACUGGUGAGAAACCCUACCAGUGUGACACAUGUGGAAAAGGCUUUACCCGAACUUCAUACCUUGCUCAACACCAGAGAAGCCACGUAGGGAAAAAAAUUCUGUCACAAUAAUCUGCCCCAAAUAUGCCAGUGGG